UUGCAUUCCUUUUCGAGCGACGCCAUGCACGACGUUGCCUGGGCCACCAAGCACAGGAUUACACGCGUCUAUGAGCUGGGCCUUGCUGGCAAAGCACCCUACCCUCACCAGGUGGAGGGAAUUCAGAAAGUGUUGAAGGCGCUGGUUGCUGGAAACCAGAAGCGGUUCUUGCACUACUACGCGCCUAGAACCGGCAAGACUUUCGUGCAAGCGGCCUUGGCAUACUGGCUGCUGAUGCUACGUAAAGAACUUCGUUUCUCCCUUGUGGUCAUUGUCAAUGACCGGGAGUUCCUCGACACACAGAGCUUCGAGGCCGUGGACAUUUUCCUUCGGAGGCUCCGUGCUGCUGGCAAUCCGUGGGCGCUGGAGGCAGACGUGGUCCAAGCUGAGACGUCCCAAGAGCUACGGGCGGUCCUGGCCGGCUGCGAGAGAGGUGUUGCCGGGCAAAAUGAUCGCCCCACCAUCUUGCUCACCACCUUCCAGAAGCUCAACACCCAGGAGUUGGCUCUUAUCCGCGCAAGCGAGGCUUUGGCUGCAAGGACACUGGUGAUGCCCGAUGAGGUGCAUCGCAGUCACUCAGAGUGGGGCUCCUUGACGCAGGCCAUGGACCGCGUCCUGGGAGCCUCUCACUUCGUGGCUCUCACAGGCACACCAAACUUGCAAGCUCUGGAGAGGUUUGGGACCCUCUGCUUGGACGGGCAGCGGCGCCCCUUCCACACCUAUCACUUGGGGCAAGCUGUGUCUGAGGGCCUGGUCAUGGAUCCGCGCAUUGAGUAUAACGAGGUGGACUCUAUCAUUGGUGGCUUAGACGAUUCCUGUAUCUCUGAGAGAGAAAAGUCUCGCCUUCAGCUGCUGAUGUCAUCUUCCUCGGAGCAUCAUGUUCUGCAAUCCCGCACGCGGCUGGUGCUAGAGCACUUUUCGAGCACUUGCGGGUCAUUGAGCUACCGGGCACAAGCCAUCGUUUUAUGCUGUAGCAGAGAGGAGGUGUUGCGCGCAACGAAGUUGGCAAGACAGGUGGCAAGGGAGAGGGUGGAUUUGGGCAUGACCGAGUCCGAGAUCUUGGGCGCUUUCUCCUCCCACGUUGACGGGGAGACGGAGAAGCAUCUCAAUGGCUUCUUCUUGAAAUCAGCUUCCGACGCAAAGAAGGCAAGGCUAUUGUUUGUGGCGCACAAGUUCGAGACCGGCUACGACAAUCCUGCUGUUACCUGCCUGUAUGUCUUCCGCAAGAUUGACGCGAGCACAUUAGCCACCCAAGUUCUCUUGAGGCACUGCAGCAAAAGGGCAGGGAAGAUCCGCCCCAUCACGGUUGACUUUGCAAACAGAGACGGGCAGCUCUUGGAAGCGAUGUCGAUGUACUUUGGGGAUGUAAGUUGUCAGCCUUGGGGGCAAGUGGUCAGGGAACGACCGGAAGCCCGGCCACGAGCUGUUGGCCAAGCCUCCAGUCGGAAAGCAAUCGAAAAGCAUUUGAUGAGCAGGAUUCAUUUGGAACGUUUGGAAGUGCGUCGGGUGCCGACGCCACAGCAUGGAGCAGUCCAUGCAGCAGUCGCCCCUACAGCAAGCAACAGUUCUCGAGCUGCGCACCAGGCGGCGCGAUCUGAAGUUCACACCGACUUGAUGCUGCUGAAGAUUAUCCCUCCAGGUCAAGCGCUUGGCGGCGUAGAGCGCUCGUCUCUAUCGAGAUUGCAAAGCAAGGCGGCCGCCGGACAUAUGGGCACAUUGGCUUCACUUUCCAGGGGCGAAGCAACAGCUGCGAUGAAGAAGGUGCUCCAAAAUGGCGAGAAGUCAGACCAGCAACAAGCUUUGGCGGUCCUCGAACAGCUUCAAAAGGUUGACCCUGAAGCAGAGAAGGUAUACACCUUUGCGAAGCAGGUCCAAGACAUAGGCUCGCAAAACGCUGAGAAGUGCCACGGCUCGGUGCUGUCUGUGCUUGGCACUUUGGCGAAGGAUCCGUCGCUUUCUGAGAUCGCUUCCAAGCUUGGGGCAUCGGAGGCCGGCAUCAAAGCUUUGACCAAAUUUGGUUCCUUCAGCCUAAGCUUCGGCCAAUUCUUUGGCGGAUUCGACACGCCUUUCUUCGCCGGUCGCAAUGCAACAUUUUAUCGGACGAUUUGGAAGUUGCUGGGCCAGCUCCAUGAUGAUGAUGCUCUGCUGGCAGUGUCGUGCAAAACAUGCGUGGAUGAUUUGAAAAAUGUUCAGACAAGUUCAGCUGAUGACUCCGCCAGAUUGAAGGCGCUGAAGAAGAAGAUCAGCCUGGCUAGCAAUUUCUUGCUCAAAGCGUUGGUAGCUGAAGGUCUCGUUGAUUCGCUGGCUGCAGUGAUGGCCUUUGGUGACAUUGGGCUCAUCCAGAUUGCGGAGAGCAUUUUGUUUCGGUUGCAGGAGGUGUCGAAUGAAGCAGGAAGGCUGUCUUUUUCCCGUCGUGUUCUCCAAGAUCUUCUUCAACAGAAAAAGUUGGGCGCUGAUGAUUUGGAACUGGCGCAGGGCCUUUUGGCUAUCGCAGUGCCAAGAAAGCACGGCUUUCCCUUUUCCGUAAAUUGCGAGACAUCUCUGGAAGGCCGUGUGUUGCAUCGCUUUGGUGUGACGCAGCUGGCGCAACGUGUUGUACGUCUGCAAGAUCGCACAGGAGCCUUGGCGAAAGAAGUUCUCCAAUCACCAACCUAUGGUGCUGAAAUGGCUCAACCUGCUAAGCGGCUGAGAUGCGCAUAGACAUGAAAACUGGCAGUGGCCCGGCCAUCGCGGCGUGUCCGUGCAAGUUUGGGGCGCAUUGGCUGCGGCAUAGACUGAUGCUAUCUCAAGGAAGCGCGUAUUUGAGCUUCUUGGUGAAGCAUCAAGCCUGUAAUUCGGGGAGCGUGAAGUGCCAGUCGAGGGGAAUAUCGACAGCUUGCGCAGGGGAAUCC